AUGGCAAAGGGUCGAAAAUUGACCACCAGUCGGAGUGAUAGGUUUUUAGGGAGUUUCGGUUACAAUCAGGAGCAAGAAACAGUCGACGGCUCGUCGGAGUUUGGAGAAGAUGAAGUUUGGUCGACUUUUGAUAACACGGUCAACGCCGAUAAUCAUCUCGUCAAUGUCGAGUGGACUUCAGUUGCUGGUUCCGAGAGUAAUGGUAGCUUCCACGGUUACAGGAGCCGCCGUCAUGCUCCACCCGCCACCAGCCAUGAGCACCACGCCCACCGCCACGUUGGAGGCUUGUCAUUGGCUUUCGAGGAUCCGAGUUCUCCUAGUUUGGUGCACCAGUUUCGAAGCCAGGACAACAUGGUGGAAUCUCCACGUGGGCGCUAUACAGCUACGUCGGCCCCAGUGAAUGUUCCUGAUUGGUCAAAGAUUUACGGAGUCAAUUCGUCCGAGUCACUUCACAACUCGGAUGAUGGAUUCGACCAUGGUGAAUCGGAAUUAGUCCCACCACACGAGUACUUGGCACGAAGCCGAGACAUGGCUGCAAACUUGGAGUUUGCGGGCGUGGGUCGAACCCUUAAGGGGCGCGAUAUGAGUCGAGUUCGAGAUGCAGUGUGGAGCCAGACUGGGUUCCACGGCUAA